ACCUCCUCCACUUUUGACAAUUUGUAAAGCUGUAACACACAUAUAUACACUUAUGUUCAAAACGACCCGCAUUUUACCAAUCAAACAAUUGACACAAAACAAUUGGUGUUCAAACAUCCAUCCAGUCUGCUAUAGUAGAUUAAAUUUGCCUAAUUUGGUUGACAAAAGUCAUCGAGCUUAAAUGCUACGAAAGCUGACGUAUUUACAGUUCUCGUAGCAAAUCGCUCACAUGUAAAUCCAGAAACUGUAGCUGUAAACUUUGUUACAAAUGCAUACACAAACAUAUAUUAGCAGAAACAACUUACAGCCUUAUGUGGGCAAAAGCACAUGCGUCGUGAUCCGGGGACCACCUGUUACAUGUUGAUUAUUUCCGAUCGUUCCAAUAUUGUUCAGGCCUAACCCAAACAAGGCUAUUCAAGUUAAGUAGUGAAAAUUCUUCUAGUUUUAGUAUCGCAAUAUAAUAUUGCAAUAUAUUGCAAGCCCCCCAAAAAUCGCAAUGAUAGUUUUUUCCAAUAUGUUCAGGCCUUCUAUAUAAGUACUCUCCAUUUACCAUAAGCAAUGAAUGAAUUUUAAAAAUCAUUAUUCCAUUUUUAUAUUAUUUCUUAUAGAAUAACAAAUGAAUACAAUUUUAAUAAAGGCUAAAUCCAUUGUAAUGAAUAAAAAUAAAUACACUAACCCCUGUGGGGGAAAAAAAACAAAAAAAAUUCACGUCAAGUUCCCUUUUUACGUCACAUGACGUGACAGGGGGGGUCAUCCGCAGGUCGGGCAGGGUCUCCCGGUCGGCCCAACCAUAAAUUCCAACCCUCUCGCCAAAAUAUGUACUGUACACGUCGUUGAGAAGAGAAGCUAGCAUGUUGCUUCGGAAGAAACGUCACCUGCUCGUUCGUUGCUAGCUGACAGACACACCCGUGACAUGCUGCUUGCCCAGUUGAACGGCGUCGCCGGUCGCCUCAUUCCCCGACAUUUCGCCGUGUGCCUGGUCCGCUCGGCCCCGGCUCCUCGUCCUCGACCGUUGUCCUCGUCUGGCGGUUCCGGGAUGGAGCGCGGAGCCUGCUGGCCUUCUAUAAAACGCAAGAGGAGCGCAGAGAAGAAGAAGCGAGAAGGCGCCGUGAAGGACCUUCCGGCAAAAGAUUUGGGCGGAGAUGUUAAGAGCAAAGAGGCGGAGAACUUCCCCUCCUUUGAGGAACCGGCGCCAGGUGGUGCCGCAAGCGCGCUUCUGGCCCGACGUUGGGAAGUGUGGCCGGACCGCGGCGGGGGCGCCGGAGCCUUGGACCUGUCGGUGAUGUCUUACAACAUCCUGUCUCAGGAUCUUCUGCGGGACAACUCGUACCUUUACUCGCACUGUCCGCCGGAGACGCUGGACUGGUCGCGGCGAUUACCUAACCUGCUGGCUGAGCUGCGCAACUACGACGCCGACGUGCUGUGUCUUCAGGAAGUCCAGGAGGACCACUUUGAGACGCAGAUCAAACCUGCGCUGGACGCACAAGGUUACGAAUGCGUUUACAAGAAGCGAACGGGCGAGAAAGCGGACGGCUGCGCGGUGGCCUUCAAGACCUCGCGCCUCUCCCUGCUCUCGUCCAAUCCGGUGGAGUUCUUCCGACCGGGCGACGCCCUUUUGGACCGCGACAACGUAGGACUAGUGCUGCUGCUGCGGCCCAAGGAGGGCGCUCUCACCAACUCGUCUGGCUUUUUGUGCGUCGCCAACACGCACCUGCUGUACAACCCGCGGCGAGGCGACGUCAAGCUGGCCCAGCUGGCCGUCCUGUUGGCCGAGAUCGGACGCUUGUCCCGUCUCCCGGACGGCGCCGCCAACUCCGUUCUUCUGUGCGGAGACUUCAACUCGACGCCGUGGAGUCCGCUGCUCACGUUCCUCCUGGCCGGACGACUCAAAUAUCGCCACCUUCCAAUCUCAGCGGUGUCGGGUCAGGAAUACGGUUCUCGGGGUCAGCGCCUGCUGGAAAACCCCAUCUGGUCGCCCACGUUGGGUAUCAACCAGCGGUGUCAGUACGAGAGCACCCGCGACGGUGACUCGUCUUCCACCUCCGUCGCAGAAGGAGAAACGGCUCAUCUGAAGGCAGAAGACGUCGCCAAACAACAGAAAGCAUUAAAAAGUUGGCUUCUGGAACACGACCUUCGCCUGCGAUCGUCGUACGCCCCCCGCCUGCCGCCCGACGGGCGACCCGCCGUCACCACGUGCCACUCCCGCUGCGCCGCCAUGGUGGACUACAUCCUGUACACGCCCCUCGGUCCCGAGGAGCGGGGCCUCCAGCUGCUGGGCAGGCUAUCGUUGGUGGGCCGGCCCGAGUUGGAGCGCGCUGGCGGUUUGCCCAACACCCGUCAUUCCUCCGACCACGUUCCGCUGCUCGCCCGCUUCCGCUGGCACGUCGGCAACCGCUCCUGACGCAAAACUCAAAAGGUUUUUUGAUUUCAACUCGAAAAUUUUGGGCUGUCACUGUUCAGCUGCCAUGGACAGCUCCUUCAUGGACAUUCAAAAAUUGGACUUGACGUUAAUGGCAGUCAAUUUUUUUUCCCUCCGGAAAGAUGUUUUAUUCGCCAUCUUUGUUGGCUAUUUUUGUGUGAUUGAAUAAAGUCAUGUUUACAUACAGUACAGAAAUGUGUUCCGUACCAUAGAAAAAGUCCCCAAAAAAUGAAUCCCACAAAAAAUAGCAUAUAGGAAGAAAAUGGAAUUAAAUAAUUAUAGAAAUAUUAUUAAAUCCACAGAAUGAUUUCAACAGAUUUUGAUAUUUUAUAUACCGUAAUUUUCGGACUAUAAACCGCCAUCCACCAAAUUUGACACAAACCGGCAUUCAUUUAUAGAUAGGCGCACUGGACUAUGAGCUGUAGCUGUCCUCAAUGAAUUAUGGGAUAUUCACACCAAAAGAUAUUAACCGGUAACACUUUGACAGCAGCGUCAUACAACUGUCAUAAGACCAAAUGAACCUUCAUUGCUUCAAGAAAAUUCAUUUGGCCAUCACUGCUCCCUUGGGGGAGACAGUCAACCUCUGCUGCCAGCUGCUGUCAACACUGUUGUCGUCCAACACGCCUCCUAGCAUGCAUUGCAGCGCUAUAGAUGUCAAUAUCAAAAUUCAUGUUCUGUGCCAAUUCUUCACUUACUGUUCCGGUUGUUUCAUUAGUUGCUAGAUAUAAAGUGUAUUUGGUAACACUUUAUUUGACAGUAGUGCCAUAAGACUGUCAUAUGACCAUCAUAAUUAUGAAAUGAAACAGAGUUAAUUUACCCACUAACACUUAAUGACAUCUGUCAUAAGCAUUCAUUAAUGCCCAUGAUAGUGUCAUAAUUAUGACGGUCUUAUA